GUUUCCUGGCUGUCCCUGGAAACCAAACAUUUCCAGCAACCAAGCUGCAACUUUUCUCUCUCUCUUUCUUUCUUUCUUUCUUUCUUUCUUUCUUCCCAUCACUCUCAUAAUCCAAUUCACUCACUCACCUCAUUCCUCAGCAUCACUUCACACACAAGCAAACCAAACAAACCCUUUCUCUUUUCUCUCCUCUCUCACCAUAACAUGAGCACACCCUAUCACCGGUUAUGAAUCCCGCACCACCACCACAACCACCGCAGCCUCACCGUCCCUCCACCUCCUGCCACCGCCACCCAGACGAACAAUUCACCGGCUUCUGCCCCUCAUGCCUCUGCGAACGCCUCACUGUCCUCCACCCCACAACCCCCUCCUCCUCCUCCAUCGUCCCUGCCCGUAAGUCCACCUCCUCCACUGCCGCUGCCGCUCUUAGAUCCGUUUUCCGGCAAUCCUCCUCCUCCUUCUUCCCUGAGCUCCGCCGCUCGAAAUCCUUUUCCGCUUCCAAGGCCAACGAAGCUCUCUCCGGAGCCUUUGAGCCCCAGAGAAAAUCCUGCGACGUCAGGGUUCGUGGCGCAAACUUUAACCUCUUCAACCAAGACAACAGCAACAACGAGAAGAAGAUUGAAGCCGUUGAUUGCAGAAAUCAAGCUUCCUCUUCUUCCAACAUUCAGGUACCAAAGGAAGAAGAAGAAGAGAACAACGAGGACGUGAUAAUCGUUGUGGAGGAGGAACCUGAACCCAAUGUGUGCAGUGUGAGCGAGGAGAUUGAAAUUGCUGAAGAAGAAGGAGAGGAAUUGAAGACGAUGAAGGACCACAUAGAUCUGGAUUCUUCACAAACGAAGAAACCCAAGGGAAGCUUCUGGUCUGCGGCUUCGGUUUUCAGCAAGAAGCUUCAGAAAUGGCGGCAGAAGCAGAAGGAUGCGAAGAAGCAGCGGCGGGAAGGGGCGUUGCCGGCGGGGAAGCCAACCGGGCGGCAUUUCCGGGAGACGCAGUCGGAGGUCGCGGACUACGGGUUCGGACGGCGGUCCUGCGACGUUGACCCGAGAUUCUCACUGGACGCCGCUGGGCCGAGGUUCUCGCUUGACGCUGGGCGGAUGUCGUCCGAUGAUCCGAGGUACUCCAUUGACGAGCCGCGGGCUUCGCUGGACGGUUACUUGAUCGGAAGAGCAGGUUUUCCGAGGAUGCCGACGAUGCUGUCGGUGGUUGAGGACGCUCCACCACCGCCGGUGAAUGUGUUGAGGACUGAUGCUCAAAUUCCAGUUGAGGAGCCUCCGGUUGAGGAUGAUGCCGUGCCGGGAGGGUCUGCGCAGACCAGAGAGUACUACUCCGAUUCAUCAUCAAGGAGGAGGAAGAGUCUUGAUAGGUCUAGUUCGGCAAGAAAAAGUGAGAUUGGUGGUGAUGAGUUGAUCAGGUCUGUUUCAAAUGGCAGCAUUAUUGGCAAUGCCAAGGUUACUCCUGCUGCUGCUGGUGUUGCUGCUGGUGUUGAUUUCAUCCAUGGCGCGAAAAUGGGGUUUCAGGAUCGAGGGGAUGAUUGCUGUUCUGAAGUGUAUGGGAAUGGUGAAAGGAAAGAGGAGAAGAAGUCACGGAGGUGGAGCAUUUGGGGAUUGAUUCACCGGCGCGGUAGGAACAAGGAUGAGGAUGAUGGUAAGUGUAGUAGGGUGAAUGGGGUUGAGCGCUGCUUCUCAGAGGAUCAUUUGAGGGGUGGUGGUUUGGGUGGCAGGGUGUGGAGGAGCAAUAGUUCUGUGAGUUGGAGAAAUACUCAAGCUUUUACUGGAUCAUUAGGCACUCAGAGUCAGAGGAGGAACAUUAAUGGUGUUCAGGGUAAUGGGAAUGGGAAGAAAGGUAAAGAUGAGUUUGUGCUGGAAAGGAACAGAAGUGCAAGGUACUCUCCUAGCAGCGUUGACAAUGGCCUAUUACGGUUCUACUUGGCUCCCAUGGGAGGUGGUGGCCGGAGAAAUGGGUCUGUGAAUGGCAGGUCCAACCAGGCACAGUCUAUUGCAAGAAGCGUGAUUGGAUUGUAUUAGCAUUGCCAUGGAAGGUCCAAGAAGGUGUUUCUUUUGGUUUCAGUUUGUUAAUUCUGCUCCAUUUUUGUGUAAACCACAAAUGCCUCUGUAUUCUCGUGAUUCUUGAUGGUUGAUUACAUACAGCACGCUGCAUUUUUUCUGAGUAGCAUCAAUAAUCAAUUUACUCAAAUCCUUUCGGUUCUGGUAUUGGGUCGGUCUAGUUUAAUGUACCAAUCUAAUCUCCUUAAGGCGUAUUGGGCCUGAGAAACCAAGGUAAUGCGAAGACCCAAGGCAAACGAGACUUUCAAACAACGAGCAUGAGUUCAGUCGGUGAAGAGUCAGGAUCUGUUGUGAGCGAUUCCCUCCUCAAUUGGUGGUUAAGACAUGAAUGUCAUGAUGAACUGUUUAAGUAAAGAUCAAUUAAAGACGUGAUGUAAUGUGUAGCGAGUUAGGUUGGGCCGAUUAUAUAACGAGUCCCCAAACCAUGACAUAGGCAUUCUCAUUAUAUGUAUUCUAGGGUUGAGAUAGGCCUCUCUUGACCUAGCUUGUAUACCUUAGCUUUACUACAUGAACACUUUCAUUUUAUAA